AUGUCAGAUGAUGGAGAGGCACUGCAAUCUCCAACCGCAAUCCUCGACGAGCUUUUAGCCCAGGAGGAUUGCAUCAUUCUGAGUCCGACAUGUCAUGCCUCAGAUGUUUGGCCCGACACAGAAGACAGCGAGGGAGUCUUGAGUCCUAUCUCGAAGCAAAUCGCAGACCUCUGUGGAGAGCUGGAAUCCUGUUUGGGCAAUCUGAGCCAUUGGCAUGAUCACGAUCUCCGCGAGUAUGAGGACGAAUUUGGCUACCAGGGGCUGAACUGCUUGGAGGAGGAAGUGGAAGAGCAGACCACCUGUUGGAUUCUCCAAGAUGCCGACGAGGAUGACAUCGCCUUCGCAGCCAGAGCCGGCAGUGCAGGAGAUGUUACAAGACAACGGCCUGCAUCCAUGCCUGACCUCCCGAACCUCAUGAAGUCUAGAGCUCCGCAAGUUGGAUUGGAGAAGGUCACCAAAGCAGGCAGACGUGCGCCAUCGCGGGGUGAAGGCCCAUCUGACUCUACAGGCCUGGAGCUGGAUGAUCCUCAGGGUGAGUUGGACACCUUGCUGGCAGAGUGUCAGAGGAUGAGCGCAGGAAUGUCUGACUUCUAG